ACUACAUCUGCUUAAUAUAUUGCUUAUAAUAAACUUAUGUAAUAAUAUAUAUUUAAGUAUAUAUACUGUUGAAUUAAAUUAGAGACGGCUCUUAGUGGGAAUGAGGAAAAUUAUUCUUUGUUUAUCAUCUCGCCAUGGAUGACAAGAUUCAAAUUAUAAUAUGUCUAAGUGUUUUUUAACCAUUAAAUUUGUUCAAUAAUAAAUAACAUUUGUUUUCAAAUUUUUAGUUAACAUUUUUUUUAAAUUAUUGUCUAAAUUCGUUAAUUACUUUAUGGUGAAAAAUACGAAUCAGGAAUUAAGAUGAAUUUGAUAUAUUGUUAUAUUAUUUUUGUUGUUGGAUAUGGACUCAGUUCAGUUAACGUACAAGCAUCUAAUAUUUUAGCCUUUUUACCAUCAGAAACUCAAAGUCAUUUUUUUGGUUUUACUCCUUUAUUAAAAGAAUUAGUUAAAAAAGGUCAUAAUCUAACACUGGUAUCACCGUAUUCUCUUAAUAAUGAAUUUCGUAAUAAGUACAAUUAUAUUCAUUUGGAAGAUAGCGGAUUUACAAAAACAAUUAAUCACAUGGAUAAAUCUUCUUUUGUAAUGAAAAUUAUAAACUACAUACCGUCAGUUAUUUUUAUUUUAUUUGGUGGUCCUUUCAUAUCAAUUAAAGCUUUGGAUAAAGAUGCAGUUAAAAAUUUUAUAGAAAAUGAUAAAUCAAAUUUUGAUUUAGUAAUUUUUGAAAAUUUUUUUGCUGAAAGUCAUGUUACCCUUGGUCACAAAUAUAAUGCACCAGUUGUACAGUUAGUGUCAGCAAAUGUCAACCCUAGAAUUUCUCAAUGGCAUGGGAACCCUUACCAUCCAGGUUACAUUCCAGAAGUUACUAGUAACUUUCCUACCAAUAUGACUUUUAUUCAAAGAACAAUUAAUGUUGCAUAUAUGUUAUGUAGCACUUGGUUAAAUAAGAUGAUAUAUAUACCACAGCAAAAAAACAUGAUGAAUUCAUACUUCAAAUAUCCUGGAUAUGAAAAUAGACCUGAUUUAGGUGAUAUGCUUGGCAGCAUAUCUUUGACAGUAUAUAUGAGUCAUUCAAUAGUCAGCACUGUUACACCUCAUGUUCCAAGUUAUAUCCCAAUGGCCGGAACACAUAUAGCUCCUAACAAAGAACUACCAGAGAAUUUGAAAACUAUUAUGGAAAAUGCCAAAGAUGGUGUUGUAUUCUUUAGUUUGGGCUCUGUUAUACAAUCUUCAAAAAUGUCUAAUGAAUCAGUUUCAAUGUUUCUAUCAGUGUUGGGAAAAAUUAAACAAACUGUAUUGUGGAAAUGGGAAGAUGACCAAUUACCUAAUUUACCAAAAAAUAUUAUUGUUCGUAAAUGGUUUCCCCAAAAUGAUAUUUUAGGACAUCCAAACUGUAAACUGUUUAUUACUCAUGGUGGAGUAUUAAGUAUUAUUGAAUCAUUUCAUCAUAGUGUUCCUAUUUUAUGUAUGUCUAUUUUUGCUGAUCAAGAUCAAAAUUGUAUGCAAGCUAGUUUAAAAGGCAUGGCACUUCAUAUUCCAUUCUUUGAAGUUACUAGUCAAAGAUUGAGCAAUUCUCUUCAAAGACUUAUUAAUGAUCCACAAUUUAAAAAUAAUGCGUUGAAAAACUCAGCUAUACUUAAAGACACUGCGAUUUCAAUUUUAGACAAUGUGAUUUAUUGGAUUGAAUAUGUGAUACGCCACAAUGGUGCCCAACAUUUAAAAACUACAGCUAACAAUCAUUAUUGGUUCCAGUUUUUACUUUUAGAUGUUAUAGUUGUUUGUUUAUUAGUAUUAAUUUUAAUUUUAUAUAUAAAUUUCAAAUGUCUUAGUUAUAUAUUUAGGAAAUAUACUACCCGAAAAGUUAGCUACAGUGAUAAAUUACCAAAAAAAAAUCAAUGAUCAAAAAUCAGUGUAAUUAACCAUUCAAUGUAAAUGUAAAUUUUACCAAAACUUUUACUUUAAAACAUUUUAUUGUUAAUUUAAAGUUUAUUUUUUUACUUAACUCUUUAUAUACCUUGACUUUAAAUAUAUUGUAUUUAAAUUA